AUAUAUAUAUAUAUAUAAAGUAUAAAGGACCUUUAAGGACCUUUGGAGGUAUCACCUGUUAUGUUCACAUGAUGUGUUAUGUUACCCAGAGAGCACCAGCUAACCAGGUGACCUGCAGCUUGACCUAUGGGCUUCUGGCUCAGCCCCCUUUAUAAGAAGGGGCGGCCAUUACAAUCUCUCUGAUCACUGCUGCUGAGGAACAGCAAAGCACAGACAUGACAGAUCCUAUGUCCAGUCCACCUGGAGGCCAUAGAGCCUGCACACCAGCCACAUUGUCAGACCAUAUGGGAGGACUGCACUUGGGUGAGGUCACUAGUGGUGGAGGAGCAGAGGGGUCACCACAACUUCUACAGGACGCAACAUGAGGUGGCAUUUCUUCUUCCUCGCGGUGUGCGCCAUCGCUACCACCGAUGCAGACCAAACAUCUGCAACACCCAACCACAGCACAGACCAUGUGCCAUCUGCCCAUGUUCCAUCUCAAGCUGCCACUCAUGCCAACCCAACAUCUGCUGCCCAUGUCAAAACAGACCACCUUAUACCUACCCAUAUUUCAACUCAAGCUGCCACUCAUGCCAAUCCAACAUCUGCCUCCCCUGUCAAAACAGUCCACCUUAUACCUACCCAUAUUUUAACUCAAGCUGCCACUCAUGCCAACCCAACAACUGCCGCCCAUGUCAAAACAGACCACCUUAUACCUACCCAUAUUUCAUCUCAAGGGAGUCCUACAGUUGUCUCUAAGAUUAUUCCAAAGGCACAUGCCGACACUCAUGCCAACCCAACAUCUGCCGCCCACGGCAGCACAGACAACCUUAUACCUACCCAUGUUCAAUCUCAACUUAUGGGCUCUCUAUCAAAACCGACCAUAUACCACAAUCUCCACGGCAACACGACGCAUAUCACUUGUUUCUCCAAAUCCGGACCUCUGCCCAUCCGAUAUCAGUUCUUCCUAAAUGACUAUAUGGAACAGGAAAAAAUUGUUGAUAAACCGGAACCUGCAAGCUUUACCAUUCCGAUGACCCCCGGAACGCAAGUCCUUCUGAAGUGCACGGCGAUAAGCGCGACUGGUGAAAAGUCGAGUAGCAAAGUAUCACUGGUAGCUAUACAGCCGGAUGAUUCCCCAGCAGACGAUGCGGAGACAGAUCAUGGCCGGGAUGGACCCGACCAUCUUAUCCCUCUACAACAUAUCCUGACAUCCGUCACCCCAGACGUUCUAGAAAAGAACAAGUUGGUGUUGAUGAUCUGUGGUCCCCUAAUCUUGGUUUACUUUGUCCUCUUCAUCGUUUUUUCUUAUUUACGUGGCCAAAAGGAACAAAAGAAAGGCAAACUCCAUUUUGAUGAGCGAACGGACCUGCUUUCCUCUUCGGACCUGGAUUUCUACCAGAACCUGGAUUUCACAUGCCCCUAAUCCCUCAGGCGGGACUGAAAAAACCCCUCAAGAGAUAAAACUAUAUAUGUAUAUAAGGGCUAUGACUGCGGGGACACCUUUUAAAGUCAUGUUUCCUGUCAUCAUUGUCCGGGCAAAGGAAUAACCGUAUUAGCCCCAUCCAUCAAUGUUCAAUAUAGCGGUAUGUCGGCGCUUCCGUAGAAUCUGCGGUGGUGCAUGGGGUAGGGUAAAGCCACAGAUGAUACCCAGCACUCACCAGUAAUGCGCAGUGAAGAUUUAUCAUGCCAAAGCGAAGUACAAGGACGCGUUUCGGCGCGGGAGCCUUCCUCAG